CUUAGCGUCGACACCACACUUUAGUGUAGUUCGGACUGGAUAGUACAAAGCGGACAGGCAUGUCUUUUCUCCACAACCCACUUUUGCUGGCGUUUCUCCACAUCGUACUCGUCAGCUUUAACGCAUGGGCUAAGGUGGAGCUGACUAUGCAUGAUAGCGUGGAGGUGUACCUGGGUGACUCGGCUCAGAUUCCGUGUCGGUACAGCUUCACUGAUACUAACCAGAAGCCCAGCUUUAUCCAGUGGUUUGUGAGGUCUACCGGUAACAGCUCACGGACGCGGAUCUUUUAUGGUGAUGGAGAGCAGGACAUGGCAGAUGUCAACACAGACUAUAGCGGCCGGAUCCAGAUGAUGUCUGAUCAGCAGGGAAGUCAACUCACCAUUCAGAAUGUUCAGCUGUCUGACGAGAGGGAGUUUUUCUGCCAGGUGAACGGGCUGGCUGCUGGGAGUGCAGAGGGAAAAACCCACCUUAGAGUGUUUGCUACCCCAGAUGCUCCGGUGAUUGAGGGGGUUCUUACUGGAAUCUCAGUAACUAGCGAAUUUCUUUCUAAGGUGGCAUCAUGUGAGGUUCGGAAUGGCUUCCCCAAACCCAACAUCACCUGGUACCGGAACAGCAUGGAACUCAUAUCUGCACCUAGAUAUGUGAAUCCAUUGAUCCUGGUGACUCGGGAAUCCAGUGGCUUCUACUCAGUGCACAGUACACUGGAGUACAAGGUGGUUAAAGAGGACAAGGAUGCACACUUCUUCUGUGAAGUCAGCUUCUUAGUCCCUGGAGCCAUUAGGAGAGUUGAGUCCAACAGUAUUAACAUCACUGUUCAUUACCCCACCACCAUGGUGGAGCUGUGGAAGGAGUCACCCCAGGGCUUGGUCAAAGAGGGGGAUACUGUGAAGCUUCGUUGCCAGGGUGACGGCAACCCCCCACCAUCCUUCAUUUUCAACAGAGAACAAGAGCCUGAUAUAGAUUUGGAGAGCAUUGGUGACAUGUUGAUCCUGUCAAGAGUGUCACGCAAAGACAAUGGCAUCUACCAGUGUCGCCCUCUGGACAGCAACAAUGAUGUCAAAGGAGAAGUACAACUCACCGUGCAUUACCUCAACCCUGCUGUGGUCACUCCUCAAGAUUCUGAGGUCAUGUUUAAAGGAGAAGAUCUUACUGCAACCUGCAACACUCUGUCCUCUCUUAAAACAAUGACUGUCUGGUACAAGGAUGGUAAAGUGGUAGGUGAGGGCAACACACUGCAUCUUCAGGAUGCCACAUAUGAGACAUCAGGAGAGUACAUAUGUGAGGUGAGUGUGCCCUCCCUUCCUGCCCUUCACACCAGUGGCUCUGUUCACAUAAUCGUCCAGGGUGGUCCACAGAUGAUGGGCGUGACACAGGAAGUGCAACUGGAGGAAGCAGCAGGCAGGAUGGUGAACCUGAGCUGUGAGGCUCAAGGUUUUCCUCUGCCCAGCAUCUCUUGGAACAUCAUUGGCAGCCAGAACUGGCACGAGGUGAUGAGCAAGGCCAGUGCACACAUGACUCAUAGUGUGGUGUCUGUCAAAGUCACCUCACACAUCAGAGCUGUGUGUAACGCUUCCAGUGAUAUGGGCACUGAAGUGAAGACUUUCAGCAUCACACCCAUUCCCAUGGUCACCUCACCUGCUACUUUUUCUCCUGCUGAGGGCAGUGGGAUCAUCAUAGUGGUGAUCAUUCUAUCUCUACUGCUGCUUGCCAUCCUGGGCAGUGUUCUGUACUUCCUACAUAAGAAGGGAAAGAUCGCCUGUGGACGCUCAGGAAAGCAGGAGAUCACCAAAGAGAAGACCACCAAAGAUGACAUUGUUGUGGAGGUGAAGAACAACACCAAGAAUGAAGAAGCUGUUCUGCUAAAGGCUGUGAGUGGAGACCAGAGGGGCUCAAAUGAACAGAGUAAGAGCCCCACCCUAACCACAGAAGGAGGACUUGCUCACCCUGUGAAAGAAGCAGAUGGGGUCAUCAAGCUGGACUAAUUGUACAACGAUUGGAGAAGUGAGCAGGACACACAGGAAAAACAGGGCGAAAUUUAAGUCCUCAAUCAGAUUUGUGCUUAUCUAGUGUCAUUUAUUAAGAAUUGUCAUUUAUGGAUAAUGAUCAGUAAAUUCUGUUAUUAGUUUAUGAGUAGUAGAAAUGCUAAUAAAAAUUGUGUAAUUAUAUAUUUUACAGACAAAGAGUUACAGGAGCAGGACUCUCUCCCAGACCACAGCAGGAGUUUCACACACUGACAUACAAACUCAUACUCAUAAUACAAGUCAGAGCUUUAUAAUAAAAAUGUAAAGUGUGUUUUCAAAUUGGAGUUUAUAGUUGGCUCGAUUCGAUUGGCAGUUCAUGUUAAGGCAUACUUAAAAUAAAUAUUUAUACUUCCAAUGGUGUUAACAUACUACACAGGUCAUGAACAUAAUUUUUGACUUUUUCAUUGUAAGUGAACUAAAUCACUUAAUUAAAAGCAAUCUAAUGGAAAUUACUGCUGUAAUUUGAUUCUUUUAAUGAACCAUCUAACUUGGACGGAUGUGAUACUGGUGUGACCACAGUGCGCACGUCUGAUGUUGCUCACGGUGGUCCAAGGGACCGCUGAGGGAGUUUGUGCGUUUGCUCAGACACAUGAAAAAUUAGAGGGAACAUUGCUCCACACAGUCAAAGGCAAUCACCGAUGCAAUAUCUUUUUUAUAUGUAAAGAUAUUCAGCCCUGUAGUGUAACAGAAAACAAAGGUUUCAAACACCAAGUAGAUCUUCCACUGCUUUCAGCUGUAGCAAAGUCCAUCCCAGCAACAAGUGUACCAGCUGAAAGAGUUUUUAGCACUGCUGGGGGACAUUGUUACAGUGCAGCAUAGUUUGCUUCACCCUGAUCAUGUUGAUCAGUUGAUAUUUCUGAAGAAAAACCUUUAAGUGGGCCAUUUGUAUUUGAUUCAGUGUGAAAUGGACUGAAGGUGAUUGGCCAAUGUGCACAAUUUUCAAAGGCCAAAAGGUGUCCUCCUGACUAAGUUCUUUGUUUUAAAAUAUUAUUUCUUUGGACUUAAGGUGACUGACCAUUGUGUACUAUUUUGAAAGGCUACAAAGCAUCCUCCUUGCCAAGUUCUGUGUUUUGAAAUAUUUUUUUCUGUUUAUUGCAAAUAAAUGUUCCUGUGAGACUUGAGCAUCACUAUUUGUGUGUGAAGUCAUGGUUUCAUUUGAUAAAUAAAUAAUCAAGUUAAUUGAAUUGCACUGCAUAUUCUUUUACAGAAUGAAUGUGCUGAAUUAGAAUGUGCUUAAUUGCUCUGUAUCGGGAUUUGAGUGUGAAUCGUAUCGUAUUGCAUUGCAAGAUGCCACACAUGUAUCUUUAAUAUAUCGGAUCGGAGAUGCUGUAUCGAGUUGUGUAUCG